GCAUUUGGCCAGACCUUCUCCACCCAGCGUAAGGUGGCUGCGGACGGGGAGACCAACGAGGAGACCCUCCUGCAGGAGUCAGCCACUAAGGAGGCCUACUACAUGGGUCGCCUCCUGGGGAUCCAGUCAGAGCUCAAACAGAGCCGGGCCGUCACAGUUAACACACAGGCCGACAACGAACACCUCAGUACCCUGCUGCAGGAGCUCGGAGAGGUGAGGAACCCGGGGUUAGAGGUCAUGGGGGAGGGGUUUAGAGGAGACUCAAAGCAGUGGGUACUUAAUAUAUACAUAUAUACACAGUUAUUGGCGGUGGUGGUGGGCCCAUUAUUUGAUCUUAAACACAGUUUAGUGUGUGUGGCUUAUAUAUCCCUAUCAAUGCCAAUCAAUAACAUGUAUUUAGGAUGUCCUAGGCUAUAAAGUCAUUUUCACGUCAACAUUUGUCACAAAGUGCUUUACAGUAAAUCCUUGUUGUGUUUGAUAGUAAACAGUCCAGUGUUGUUUUGUGAUAAUAACCUCAGGUCUUGUGUAUUUGAUAGUACUCAGUGUUGUGUGAUAACUAACCCCUGGUGUUUGUGUCUGUCCUGUAGAGUAAUGAGAUGUUGGAGCUGCAGCGGAGCCGGAUGAGAGAGGAGAUCAGGGAGUAUAAGUUCAGAGAGGCCCGACUCCUACAGGACUAUACUGAGCUGGAGGAGGAGAACAUCAUCCUGCAGAAACUAGUGUCCACACUCAAACAGAACCAGGUGAGAGAACACACACACAGUACAUACACACACACAAAUGUACCCAUACACACGCACACACACACACACACACACAAACAUACACAUACAUGUGGUUACACACACACACAAAUGUACCCAUACACAUGCACACACAGACACACUCAAACUUACACACACAUGCGGUUGCACACACACACACACACACACACACACACAUGCAUGCACACACGCGUGCACACACAAACACACACACACACAGUGUACCCAUCCCUAACACCACAUUAUGCCUCUCCCUCUACCUCUUACUCCCCUCCUCCCUCCUUCCCUCCCCUAGGUGGAGUACGAGGGGUUAAAGCAUGAGAUCAAGGUUCUGGAGGAGGAGACCGAGCUGCUGAACAGUCAGUUAGAAGACGCCUUACGUCUCAAAGACAUCUCCGAGGCCCAGCUAGAGGAGGCCCUGGACUCCCUGAAGAGCGAGCGGGAGCAGAAGAAGCACCUCCGCAAGGAGCUGGUCCACCACCUCAGCCUGUGUGACGUCCAAUACACCGGCAGCGCCCACCUCACUUUCACCUCAGCGCCACCUAGUGGCACGGCUACGCCUGUCGCCGCCCUGUCGCCCAGCUCAGAGGAGCCGAGCAGAUGUAACGGGCAUCUACAUGGAGGGUCAGGAACUGGGACGGGGACGGGGUCGCUGCCCAGGGCCAAUGGAGAGUGUCGGGGAGAGGGGAUGGUGUCGGAUCUGUUCAGUGAGAUGAACCUGACAGAGAUACAGAAGCUCAGGCAGCAGCUGCUACAGGUGGGUGGAGAAGUACAGUUCACUCAGUUUGAAUAAGUAGAGUGGUUUCGGUGGCCUCUAGAGUUUGGUGCUCAGAUUUCUCAGUGUUAUACACAUGAAACAAUGACAUACAGGAGUAUAUCAGAAUACUGUGGCAAACAUGAACAUACUCAUUAUAACUCAUGUAUGUAAACAUAAACAAUAUUGCAAAGUGCACACAUGUACACACCGAUUCUGUACAUAUGAACACACAUGUUUAUAUCCCCUCAGCAGCCCCAUAUUGUAGAUGUGGGAAUAAGUGUUGAAUUAUUCAGAGUGAGAGAGACUGCUGACAUAACCUCACUGCAUGCAGCUCUCUCUCUCUUCCUGUUCUCUCUCUCUCUCAGCCUGCCCCUCCCUCUCACUUUCUCUGCCUCUUUCAAGACUAUAAAUAAUCAAGUUUAUACCAGCAGUCAAAUAAAGUGUUGUAGCACCAGUGAGAAGCUGUGGGAACAGCCGUUACUAGACCACUGGCUGUUACAUGGACUCUAAUCAAAAUGUCCGCCAUUUUGUUUCACAGUGGGUGUCUCCUCUUCUGUAGUUUCCACCAGCCCAGUGGGCCAGUGAGAUGAAGAUGCAGCCGGAUGAAGUGUGUGUGGGGUUGAUGUGUGUCCAACCAUAUACUGCAAUCCCUGUAGGUGAAAUGGCAUCUCCCAACACAUUCCCUCAGCCUCUCUCCGAUUGGCUGGACUGGAUGAAGGGCGUAUUUAUAUCCUCACUGACACACUAGACUAUUGAUUUGCCCUCAGGAGUGUGCAUGGUUUACUGUUCCCUCUGUAGUGUGCAGAGUUUAGGCCCUGCUGAAAAAAACUGCAUAGACCAGCAUGGUCUAGCUGGGUAUUCUGGUUUACUAGCAUAGUCUAGCUGUAUUUUGGUCACUGGUGACUAGCCUUUGAUGUGUUUUGGUCACUGGUGACCAGCCUUCACUUUGUUUUGGACGCUGGUGACCAGCCUUCACUGUGUUUUGGACACAUACCAGUUUACACUGGUGAUAUUGGUAUGCUGGUGACCAUGCUGGUCUAUGCUGGUCCAGCAUGGUCAAGCUGGUCUGACCACGCCCAUCAUUAUCAUAUUUCCCAGCAUGCUCUAUUGGUAGUUGAUUUUUAGAAUUGUUUGUUUCAAUAUCAUAUUUGGUUGUUGUGUUUUUGAACAAUUGAUUGAUUCAUUAAUCUUAUACUACACAAAGAUAAAUAACAAACAUUUUUCUAAAUUAAUCUGUUUAGUUGGACUUAUUGCACCCGUUACUGAAAUGGUUGUUCCAGUUUAGAUCAUUUGGGUAGUCUCAUUUAUUCUUCUUUCUGAUCCUGGCAGUCAUUCUGAAUGCAUGUUGUGGAUGAAAAAAGGUUAGUUGUUCUGGCUGGAUAAACGUCACUUUGCAAGCCAGCAUGAUGUGCUUGAUGCUGGUUUUGCUGGUGACCAGCAAAACACAGCGAAGGCUGGUCACCACUAAAACACAGCGACGGCACCACAAAAGCACAAUGAAGGCACCAUGAAAUCAGAGUGAAGGCUGGUCACCAGCAAAACCAACACCUAUGCUGGAUCAGCCUAUGCUGGUCUAUGCUGUUUUUUUCAGCAGGGGGGGUUCCUGAGGGUUGAAGUGGACUGUGCUGAGUGUGCAGGAAAAUAUAUAAUAAUAUAAUAUAAUAUGCCAUUUAGCAGACGCUUUUAUCCAAAGCGACUUACAGUCAUGCGUGCAUACAUUUUUUUUGUGUAUGGGUGGUCCCGGGGAUCGAACCCACUACCUUGGCGUUACAAGCGCCGUGCUCUACCAGCUGAGCUACAGAGGACCACCAAAAUGAUGCAGCUAUUUUAGUUAAUGGGGCUGGAGAUGAUAAGGAAAGCUACUAGUUUAACAAUAGGCUGACAAUAGCUGUGUGUGUGUCCAUAGGUGGAGCGAGAGAAAACUGUGCUGUUGAUCAGCCUGCAAGAGUGUCAGACGCAGCUGCAGCAUACACAGGGUGCCCUGAACGAGCAGCACGAGAGGGCCCUCCGCCUCAGCGAGCGAGUCACCGCCCUCAGGCACCUGCACCGGGAGGCCCAGCUCGCCCAGGAGGCCCAGCACGACCAGGAGGCCCACCUCAACCGAGAGGCCCUGAUGGAGCAGGGAGAAGAGGAAGAGGAGGAGAAAGAGAGGGGAUUAAUACACAGCAGGGGCCAGGCAUUCUGCCACCAGACCCCGGGUCUGGAGAUCCUGCAGUGUAAAUACAGGGUGGCUGUAACCGAGGUGGUCGAGCUAAAGGCUGAGCUGAAGUGUCUGAGAGAGAGGUACAACCAGUGUGUGGAGGGCGGGGUGGAGGAGAGGACGCGGGGAGAGGCCCAGCACAGAUCUCUGGAGCAGCAGGUGGGGAGGCUGGAGAGGAGCUGCCGGGAGGGUAGGGAGAGGGUGGGGGGCCUGGAGACAGAGCUGAGAACAGCCAAGAACAUGGCCAGUGAGAGCCAGGGGGCGCUCAACGCAGCGCAGGACGAACUGGUCACCUUCAGCGAGGAGCUGGCUCAACUUUACCACCACGUCUGCCUCUGUAACAAUGAGACGCCCAACCGCGUGAUGCUAGACUACUACAGACACGGCAGAGGACUGAGGGGUAUCAGUGCCUCACUCAAGGGUGACGACACCCGCGUUCUACUCACGCCCCGCCUCGCCCGGCGGCUCGCAGCAGCUGUUGCCACGGCAACCUCGUCAUCCACGGCGGAGUCUCGUAGCCCCUCGGAAUCCCCAUCCAAAGAGCGGUUGUCAGGAGAGGGGGGCCGGGACAGGGACAGUCCUGUACCCCGCACCCCUCCUACGGGCUCCCCCAGCAUCAGUGCCUCUUCCUCAUCUUCAUCAUCAUCGUCACCUGCGGUAGAGCCAGCUGGAGACCUGCGUAGGGAACCCAUGAACAUCUAUAACCUCAACGCCAUCAUCAGAGAGCAGGUGACUGUGUAUUUGCCAUACUUACAUCUUUGUUUUCAUUGGCAGUUCAAACCUGAAACAGUUUAUCACAGUUUGUUCGCCAGUUGAUACCCUUAACCUUCCAAAUGCUCAUCAUGAAGCUAACAGACACAGAUUUGAGUGUAUAUGACAACAUUAGCUAAUGUUCGCUAACAAUCUCCCUUGAUGAACAUGCUGUAGGUGAGGCACCUCCAGAGGGCAGUGGACCGGUCACUCCAGCUGUCCAGACAGAGGGCUGCAGCCAGGGAACUGGCCCCACUGUUUGACAAGGACAAAGAGGCCUGUAUGGAGGAGAUACUGAAGCUCAAGUCCCUGCUCAGCACCAAGAGAGAACAGAUAGCUACCCUCAGACUGGUGCUCAAAGCUAACAAACAGGUCAGACAUGGAUAUGGCAUCCGAGAUAUGGAUUACUAUGAACAUGGAUUAAGCAUCAUGCUGGUCAUUCGCUGUCUAACACUGCCUUGCUAGAAUCUACUUUGAGACUCGUGACAAGCAAUCUCCAAAAGAUGGUUCUCACACAAACUGUUUUUUUUUAAGGCUACCAGGCUACAGUGGCCAUCAGGAUAUCUAGAGGCUGCUGUCACAGUCACACCAAUGUCCUCACUUUGAGUUUUCGAUUGUUUUCUAACUCCCUUUUGGAAAAAUGUAUUCUGACCUCAAUGGGACUUUCUGUUUAAAUAAAGGUUAAAGAAAUAUCCCUGUUCCCUUGUUCUUACAGACUGCAGAGAAUGCCCUGGCCAACCUGAAGAGUAAGUAUGAGAAUGAGAAGCACAUGGUGACAGACACCAUGAUGAAGCUGAGGAACGAGCUGAAGGCCCUGAAGGAGGACGCUGCCACCUUCUCAUCGCUCAGAGCCAUGUUCGCCACCAGGUGACUAUUUCUCUCCUCUCUCUCUCCCUUCAUCUCUCUUUCUUUUAUUGACUUCUUAUUGUUCACUACCAGGUGAGAGACCAGGGGAGACCAGGGACAGCUUGUUAAAGGGAUAGACUAGUUCUACAUCCUACCCUUACUAUUUCUCCCCCGCUCUCUCCAUUAUUCUGUCUCUCUCUCUCUCUCUCUCUCUUCUCUACUACUAAUCAUGUUAUUUCUUCUGAACCUAUCUCCACCUACACUGUGUAACCAAAACUUUUGUUUUUUGUAAGCACCCAACCCCUCUCCUUGAAACUUCUCAGGUGUGACGAGUAUGUGACUCAGCUGGAUGAGAUGCAGAGGCAGCUGGCUGCGGCGGAGGACGAGAAGAAGACUCUCAACUCCCUCCUGCGUAUGGCCAUCCAGCAGAAGCUAGCCCUGACCCAGCGCCUGGAGGACCUAGCCUUCGACCAGGAGCAGUCGCACCGCACCCGCGGCGGCAAGGUGGCCCGCAUGAAGAGCAGCACCCCCAAAGUAAGUCCCGGUCCUCCCUCAAGCCCCACCACCGGCGCUGGCGCCCCCUUAAGCCCGACCUCUGCUACUACAGACGGCCUAGCCCUGGGCUCCCCUACGUUACAUCAUAGACACCCCCUCAGCCCCUCCUCCACGGCCCUCUCAGGCCCCACAGUACCAGGCAGCCCCCACUCCCUGGAGGAGCCCUCCUCCUCCUUGACCCCCCCAUCCACCCCCCACAUGCUGGCUCACUCCCAGUGGGCCCUGGGUGUCCGGACAUUAGAGGUCGACUCCCACAGUUUCAGUCUAGACUCCCAUAGUUUUAGUUUAGCACGUAGCACUACUGGGCUCUCCAGGCAUUACUCCUCAGACUCACGGCCGUCUCCUAGCAGGGGUGCUCAGCCUGGCUCGGCCCCCUCCUCCCCCUACCGUUCUCCCAUACUGGGGUCUCGCCGGUUGACGUGGAGCUCCCCUCGAACUCGCCCCCUUACCAACCUGACACGUACCUCAGCCCUUUAUACCCCCUCUUCUUACACCCCUCCUAGUUCCUAUAUCCCUUCUAGUUCUUACACCCCUUCCUCCCCUUAUACCCCCUCCAGUUCCUAUACCCCUUCAUAUGCUCAUUACUCCCCUUCAUCAUAUACCCCACCCUCUUCAUACACCCCCCACACUUCAUAUAGCCACAUCAGCAGCUACAGUCCCCUCUACCCUAGGUACUACGGUUCCCAUCGACCCCCUCACUGA